UGAACUCUAUGCUCCAUAUACUAAUUCCUAGUUAUAAAUGUGAGAGUUAAAUGUUAUCUAUUUCCAAUAUCAGUUCAAUUAAAUAUGUAUGACUAAUGGACGACAGUCGAUCUAUUCAUUUGACAAAAUGAGUAUUGAAGAUGCCCCAACAAAGCCUCAAUCUCAAGAUAGAUCAAAUCUGGUAGCUUACUGGAGCGUUCCAUUGCUAGAUGGAGCUCAUACAGUUGAAUUUGAACAUGGUACCACCACUGGCAAAAGAGUAUUAAGAUUAGAUGGAAAGGAAGUUCUUCGUAAAGAUUGGAUGUUUAAACUAGUAGGUGAUAUACAAUUCACACUUGGAGCUCAACAGGCCAAAUGUGAACUCAGAGUGGAUCCAAAAUCACCAUUUUCAUUUCGCUACUCUUUAAUAGUAGAUGGUAAGCCAGCGGAAAAGUUUACGGAAAAACUACUCGAAGCUAUCAAAUCCUGGAGUGUUGUGGAUAACGGCAAACGAUAUGGAGUUGUAUUUGCCAAACACACACUAGAAAUAUGGGUUAAUGGACAAACAGUGGAUGUAGAUAGAGAUUUUGUUGAAGGUGGUUCUGAGAUGAAAUUCAAAUUGGAUGAUUUCGAGGCAACAAUCCGUUCACAAACGAAUUCAGCCAAUAAAGAAAUUGUUUAUAAUCUUUUUGUUGGCAAUCACCUGAUAUUAGAUGAUAAUAAUAAUUAUAAUAAUGUUCUUUAGUUUAUAGGAAAUGGUUUUUGUUCAGGUUUAAUAAAAGAGAAAUUACAAAUA